CUGAACAUGAGCCGCGAAGACACAUCACCGACUCUGGAUAGAAAUUCGGAAGAAGAUUUAGAGAAAGAAAGAAGCUUCAACAAAAAUUCAGAGGAGGACUCCAAGAAGAAAGAUAGGAAUGAAGACCCAGAGGAAGACCCGAAGAAAGAAGAAGAUACAAAGAAAAACUCGGAGGAAGACCCGAAGAAAGAAGAUACAAAUAAAAACUCGAAGGAAGACCCGAAGAAAGAAGAAGAUAGGAAUGAAGACCCAGAGGAAGACCCGAAGAAAGGCGGUAGCAACUACCUCAAGAUCGGUGCAUGUGUCGCUCUUGGUGCAGUUGGAACCGUCGUUGUAGCUCCUGUUGUGCUGGCUGGUGUAGGCUUUACUUCCGGUGGAAUUGCUGCUGGGUCUUAUGCUGCUUCCAUGAUGUCAUCUGCCGCCAUCGCCAAUGGGGGGGGUGUUGCAGCUGCCAGCUUGGUGGCAGCGCUGCAGUCGGCGAGCGCGGCAGGCAUUGGCAUCGGUCGGUGGGGCAGUAGGGGGGGGCGUGGCAGCAGCAGCUAGCUGGUUUAGGGGAAGCAGUGACUCUAAUGACAAGCAAGGAGAAACAAAUGUUGCUGAAUAAAUUGAUGUGUUUGUGAUGAAAAUGAUCAUGGUGACAGAAUUGAUGCGUAAGUAUACUCAACGCGAUACUGAAGAACUUAGGAAAUAAACAACAAAGAAAAGGGUAUUGUUUUUCCCUCUAUAAUUUCAGGAUUUAGUGUUACUGUUUUAUUCCAUAUUAAUAGAAUUUCUGAUUUUGAAAAUAGCUCUCCCAUAAAAAAAAAAAAAAAAAAAUGCAUGAAACCAAGGAUUUAAGAGCUUUUGACAAUUAGUUUGCAGAAAGGUUGUUAAACAUUGAACUUAAUGUUAAUUUGCUUUAUUUUGUUCCUAAAGUGAAGAAGCAUUCUAAAGGACUUUGAGCCUUCGAGCGAGAAAAUGAACGGAUAGAUUAUAGAAAAUUAGAUAUAUAGAUAGAUAUACAAACGAAUGGACAGAUAUAUUAAUAGAAAAAAAUAGAUAGAUGAUAGAUAGAUAGAUAAACAGAUACAGAUAGAUACACGGAUAGAUAAAGAGAGAGAGAGAGAAUUUAAUUUCGCAUUUCAUUUUUAAUUUAAGACAAACAAAACCAGUUGAAGACCAAGAAUGACGUAAAAUCAAAUUUCUGUUCUAUUCAAUUAUGAUUAUGCUCACGUGUGCAUUACGUGACUAAGACUUGUAUGUAGACUUGCUUGCAUUAUUACACAUCUUGUACUAAUGAU